AUGUCGAUAACUCCGAUCCUCACCUUUAAAGCAGGUAUCUGCGAACUGGAUUCCGCGAAUGUGGCCAAGCCACAGCCCACGCCUGGCUACAUCUACCUCUACUCCGAGGAUGAUUUGGUGCACUUCUGCUGGCGCCCCAGGAGCGCUCCUCACACCCAGCCCGAGGUGGAUCUCGUGAUGGUCCCCUCCGAUGGAAGCUUCAUCCCCUACGAGCCCUCCGGUCAGGCCCCUACGAACGGUCGCAUCUACUCCUUGAAGUUCUCGUCUAGUUCCCAGCGGUAUCUGUUCUGGCUCCAGUCCAAGUCCCAGCACGAGAGCGGAAAUCUGGACUGGUUCAGCCCCCGCGACCUCAGAUUGGGAGAGAUUGUGAACUCGUUGCUACAAGGUGAAGAGCUUGAUAUGGAGCAGGAGAUUGCAAACUUGCCCCGGGGCCCUGGAGGCAGUGGUGAUGACGAUGAGACUAUGGAAGACGUGGAGGGCGUGGACCAUGACACCAGCCAUAAUCACGGAGGUAGUGGCGCUGGAGCAGGCUUUGAUGCGACAGGUGGAGACAUCAGAGAAGAGGGUCAAGGUUCGAGGGAGGGUGGUGCUGAAGGUGGAAGAGCAACGAACGAUUCGUCGGAUCCAUCAUCGGUUGUACAAGGCUUUCUGAAUUCGCUGGGAGGAGGCGAGAGCCAGAGCCAGAGCCAGGCCCAAGACCCUUUCACUACUCUACAGGAUCUUCUUACACCUGCUUCCACAUUGCCGUUCAUUGAGGCCGCGGAUGAUAAGACCAUCGACAAUCUCCUCAGCUACUUGCCUCCGUCGCUAUUACUACUGGCUUCGGACGUCGAGGAUGUGUCAGGCGAGGAUUCGGAAGUCGCUGAAGCUGUUAUGCUUUCCCUUGGAAUUUCACAAAAGAAGAGCAUCCUUCGGAAGGUGCUCCAUUCGCCCCAGUUUAUGCAGAGCCUUGCCAGCCUGACUGUUGCACUGCGGGACGGCGGUCUUCCCAGCAUCAGUGAGGCACUUAAGAUCCCAGUGGAGAAUGGAGGUUUCCUACGUCGCGGAGGAGUGCCACUGGGCGGAGGCGAGGCAGUUAAAGCUUUCCUCGAGGGUGCUAGGGGCCUUGUCAAGGGACAGGACCGUAUGGAGACCGAUUGA